AAAAAAUUCAUUCCGCAAAAAAAAAGUGGAAAAAGAUUAGUUAAAGCCAGUCUGCAAGCUGCAGAAACAAUUUAAAGAAAAUAAACUAAGAACGCAGUUAGUUUUUUGCAACCAAAAACCAUCAUAAUGUCCGAGGCGCACUUUGAUGAUGAGUACGAGCACUACAACUUUGACCAUGACAAGCACAUCUUCUCCGGACACAGUGGAAAGCAGCGUUCCAAAAAGGAGGCCAGCGAACACACCAACCAUUUUGAUCCUUCAGGACACUCCAGGAAAAUUUUGACAAAACUUAUGAACACCAACAACAACAAGAAGGCGGCCGCCUGCAAGAACUGAUGCAGGGCAUCGGAGGAGGGGCAGCGGGCGAGCAAGAAAUAACGGCGAAAAGAAGGAGAGUGUUGGAGAAAAGAAAUCUUCGAAUUUAAAGGAAAGGAAAAAACGGUUGAAAUCACAGCAGUUGCUGGAAGCAAAGAAAAAGAGAAAAAGGAAAGAACGAGAGAGAGAACCACAAAAGCCACCUGGAAAUACACUGUGCAUUUUAACUGUGCAUCGACUUUUCAAACGGCGAAAACUUUGUGAACUUUAUAAUAAUUUUAAUUCGCUUAUAAUUUCACAAACAAAAAAAGAUAUUACUCUUAGCUUCUAAAUAUUCCUAAACUAAUUCAGACUUACACGUUUUAGUUGCUAAGCCUUAGUGCGUUUCAAAUUAUGAAGUUUGAUUUAGGUAUUACUUAUAAAAUAAAGAGAAAACCAAAACUGA